CAGUAGCACCUCAGACGUGGAGACGUGAGGGCGCUCGCCUCAGUGCUUGUGUGGCCCGACAGCCGUGCCUGAACUCGGUGACGCUGAGAGUGAGUGAAAAAGGAGGCUGCUUUUCUGUGACAACGUGGUGACUGAGUUGCAUUUAUUUUCGCUUUCACCGACUUUCCAUGACAAAGCGCAGACAUUUUCAGGAAUAAUUGUGACGGAAAGAAUUUUCAAAGGCAAGCCCAAGGGAAAGAUAAUGUAGUGACCAUAGAAGCGAGUGAGAGAAAAAGAAGCAGCAUCUUCAGGAGCGAGUGACCGAGAGAGUCUAAGACGCCAUGAAGGAGGAGGAAUUGCUGCCCCGGGAGACGCCGACGAAGGAGUGCGUCCUGGGCACCCGGGGGCGGCCCCUCCUGCUGCCCAUGCUCUCCGCCUUCCUGUGCCUCCUCGUGCUCGCCCAAGCCGCCUCCUUCUUCUUCCUGUUCGGCCGCGUGGAGGAGGUGCGCGGGCGGGCGGAGGCGGCGGAGGCGACGGGCAAGAGCAGGGACGCCCACCUCUCACGGGAGUUGGAGGCGUUGAAGGAGCAACUACGAGCCGUCCGGAGCCAAUACCCCGCCCACGCCCCUCCGCACCCGCCGCCCACCAGCGCCGCCAGGUCCGACGCCCACCGCGGCUCCCACGCCCACCACAGGCCCGGACACACGCCCGACGGGAGGCCCAGCGGCCACAGAAGGGCCAAGCGAAGGGCGUCGGACCCCUCCUACGGUGUGAAUGGCGAGGUGGGCGAGGCGGACGGCGAGAGCGGGGAGCUCAGCGUGAAGCCUCUCGGCGAGGGAAGCGACAACAGGAGCGGCCUCGACGAGUCCUGGCUGCAGCUCACGUCCUACUCCAGAAUUCCGCGAUUUCACUUAAGUGCCACGCCAAGUGAAGGCUGCCAGUGGCCCGUUUGGCUCGGAGAAAUGAGCGAGGAUUGCAUAAUUAAUUCGUGUUAUGUUCCUCUAAAGGCAAAGGAAAUUUCCUGCGCUAAAUGCAUUAUGAUUUUCUUAACACCCUGCGAGUGGAGGGCAGAGGGCAAAAAUGAGGAGAUAAAGUCAGAAGCCAUAUAA